GUCGUCGUCGUUGUUGUUGUGGUUGGUGCGCUGAGCUCCGCGGCUCCGAGAGCCGGCUGCAUCCUUUCCCCGCUGCCGCCGCCGCCAUGAAGUGGAUGUUCAAGGAGGACCACUCGCUGGAACACAGAUGCGUGGAAUCUGCGAAGAUCCGAGCGAAAUAUCCCGACCGGGUUCCGGUGAUUGUGGAAAAAGUCUCAGGCUCUCAGAUUGUUGACAUUGACAAACGGAAGUAUCUGGUUCCAUCUGACAUCACUGUGGCUCAGUUCAUGUGGAUCAUCAGGAAAAGGAUCCAGCUUCCUUCUGAAAAGGCAAUAUUCCUGUUUGUGGAUAAGACAGUCCCACAGUCCAGGGAGAAAAAAACAAUCCUGGUGGUUGACAUCAGGAAGGCGAAGCCACGGAGUUAGGAUCCAAAUGCCUGCUUCCGGAGUGUGCUCCAGGCCCGCUGUCACAGAAUAUAUGGAAACCCACCCUGUUCCAGUCUGAUUCAUUCUUCCAGACAAGAAACAAGCAAACUGACCACGGAGGACGGGAGGGCAUCAAUACUGACUGUAGGAUACAUGAUGGUGAAAACAGGUGGUAGCCUCUUCAUAUGGAAGUAUAUAGCUACUCCUUCGCUUCCCCACUGUUGUAUAAAAAAGAAUUUGGCUGAUCUUUGUUGCCAGUUCCUGGCAGGGAGCCUCUAAGCCCUUAGAAUUUCCCUAAUGAUAGGAAUGUCUUUGUUAUUCAUGGUGGACCCCUCAGAUCACACCUGAGUUUUUGCUUAACGAGAUGACUCACGGUGGGCCCUAGAUAGUUUCAGGAUGGGCUGGCCAUGCCAGAAAGACCAACCAUGAGAUUAGAGAGUUGGGGCUUUGAGCCUUCUGAUAUCAGUCUGACCUCCUGGGGUGGGGAUAUUGGAAGGUGGAGACUGAGUUCAACCACAUCACAUGGCCAACAAUUCUAUUAAUCAUGCUUAUUGAUGAAACCACAAUAAACACUCUGGGCACUGAAGCUCAGGUCAGCUUCCUGGUUGGUGACAGACAGUGACAUGCUGGGAGGGUGAUGCAUCCUGGGGACACAGAAGUGUCAGGUUGGGGACCCUUGGAGACCUUGCCCUAUGUGUCCCUUCUUUCAUCUGGUCCUUAUUUGUAUCCUUCACAAUAAAAGGUAAUUGUAAGUA